ACUGGCAACAUUGCGACCCGUGCUUUUGCUUGCACAGUCAUAUACUUUCUUUUUUAGGUUUUCACCUUUAGAUUUGGCUUGCUGCCAAGAGGGCCAAUCUCUUGCUUGCUCUCCACUUUCGCUACCGAAUUGGUCGCUUUUAGUUUAUCGAUCUGUCUUCAUCGCCGCCACUUCAUCCCUGUCCGCCUAUUCACAUCUCGUGAUAGCACGGCAAAAUGGCUACCGAAACUCUCACUAAACUCACUCGCGCCGAAGUCGAGAGACACAACACUGAGCGGGACUGUUAUGUCACUCUCGGCAACAAGGUCUACGACGUUACAAGCUUCCUGUUCGACCAUCCCGGCGGCCACAAGCUCAUCCUCGACUAUGCUGGCAAGGACAUCAAGGACAUCUUGGAGGACGGCGUCUCGCACACCCAUUCAGAUGCUGCAUAUGACAUACUCGACGACUCUCUUGUCGGCUACCUGAAGCCAGAGCAGAAUGGAUCCGCCAAUGGAGCCGCCAAUGGCGAGUAUGUGCACCCGAGAACUGGCAUGUCCAACGAAGAAGAUCUCAGCAAGGACACGGAUUACAAUCAAGACUAUAAGAAACACAAGUUUUUGGAUUUGAGCAAGCCUUUGUUUGCCCAGCUCUGGUACGGCAACUUCUCCAAGAAGUUCUACCUUGACCAAGUGCAUCGUCCACGCCAUUACAAGGGCGGCCAGUCUGCUCCCCUCUUUGGCAACUUCCUCGAGCCGCUCACAAAGACCCCUUGGUGGGUGAUUCCUCUUCUCUGGCUCCCUUGCGACUCAUAUGGCUCCUAUUUGGCCUUCCAAGGUUGGGAAAAUCCCAUCAUCCCUGCCGCAUAUUGGGUCCUUGGCUUUUUCAUUUGGAGCCUUGUCGAAUAUGGACUGCACAGAUUCUUGUUCCAUCUUGAUGACUACCUUCCUGAUAAUAGAUAUGGCAUCAUUGCACACUUCUUGCUUCACGGCAUCCAUCACUACUUGCCCAUGGAUAGGUAUAGACUUGUCAUGCCUCCCACCAUGUUCGUGUUGCUUGCAACUCCGUUCUGGUAUCUCGCCCACACCGUUUUCGCCUACAACUGGUAUGCCGCGACCGCGGUCUACUGUGGCGGCAUCUUUGGUUAUAUCUGCUAUGACCUGACCCACUACUUCCUCCACCACGAGAACUUGCCUCUCUGGUACAAGGAUCUCAAGAAGUACCACCUGGAGCACCAUUUCCUUGAGUACGAGCUCGGCUUUGGCGUCACUACCAGAUUCUGGGACAACGUAUUCGGCACAGAGCUGAAGCCCAACGUCAUCAAGACUCAAUAAAUACGAAGCACCUGAUACAUUCGAGAAGAAUAGAUCGUCACGAACAUGAAAAGACGGGGAUGACGAGGUUGUUUAAUGCGUUGUGGGAGGCAAAAUCUUUAAUGGUUGUGGGUAUGAGUAAUGGAUUAAUCAAGAGAUCGUCUUCAUGAAGCAAAGACACUAACGGCACACUUAUCGGACGCUUAUAUUACCGAUGGUACUUUUUUAAAUAGUAAAAGAUUUUAAUUAAAGAAUAUCAUGCUCC